AUGAGUAAAAUGAAUAGUGGGUAUUUAAUUGAGAAACUGAGGGAGAUUUUUGGACGUUUUGGCUUACCAAAUAAAAUCAUUUCUGAUAAUGGUCCACAAUUUCGUUCUAGUGAAUUCAUAGAAUUUUGUAAACAAAAUGGAAUUGUAUUUUAUACAUCACCACCUUUUCAUCCUGCUACAAAUGGUGCAGCUGAAAACGCAGUUAAAUCUCUUAAAAGAGGAAUAUACAAGGCAUUAAAAGAUAAAAUUAAUAAAGGUGUGACUGUGAGUACAUUAAUAAACAGAUAUUUAUUCAUGUAUAGAAACUCACCACAUUGGACAACAAAUGAAUGUCCGGCAAAAUUAAUGUUUGGGCGAAAGUUAAAAACUCGUUUAGAUUUUCUAAGACAUUCAAAGAUAAAGAAAAAUACUGAGAGUUAUAAAAAUAAAACUAUUAGAAAUGAAGUUUUCAAGGAAGGAGAUGUAGUCUAUGCGAGAGAUUUUUCUAAUCCAAAUAAAAAAAAUUGGGAAAAGGCAGUGAUAGAAGAAUUGGAAGAAUUUAGUAAGUAUGAUGACUAUAUAAAAAACUAUGAAAAAGAGUUUUUAGAGGAAGUUAAAGAAAAAGAGAAAGAGAUAAAAACACAGGAGUUAGAAAUUAAAAAAGCUAGUGAAAAAGUUGAUGAAAAAGAGAAACAGAAUAUUACAGAUGUUAAUGUUAAUGAUAAAUUUAGUUUACCUGAAGUUAAACAAAAUAACGUUAGGCCUGUUAGAAACAAGAAGUCACCUAAACGUUUAGAUUUAUAA